AUGCCAGAGGUCCGGGAACCUCACUGCCGUGGACACCCAGCCUUGGAGUCCAAGACAGAAAACCGUACGUCGCAAGAUCCCCUAUCCCCAGAUGAACCCCUUGCUAUCGACGAGUUCAACCCCAAGAAGGGGCUCCUGAAAGGCGUAGCGGUCGUCGCCGUCAUCAUUCUGUCGCCAUCUGUCGGCUUCUGCUGGAGGAUGAUCUUCGUUAGCUUUAUAUCUUUGUACUAUUACCUCAUUUUCAUCGUUGCCCAGUUUCGACCGCCCAAGAGAUGUCGUUUCUUCAGCGUCCAGAUGGCCAGAUUUGCGGCCAAGACGGCUUUGCACCUCGCGGGGCUCGCACUGCUGCUCGCGUGGUGCCUGUCCCUCACGCCAGUCCACAUCUUCGUACCGACACUCAUAGACUACUGGACGCCAUAUGUUGAGCACGACCCCAUGCGUAUGACGGAGAUUGUGUACGAUGCGGGAUCCAAGGCGGCCGUCGAUAUUUUCGCGAUUCAUGGCCUGGCCUCGGGACCGGACAGUGCGUGGACGUACAAAUCGAACGCGACAAGAGUCCGCUGGCUCUCGGAGCUCUUGCCUCAGACCGAGGGCUUCCGGGACGUCAGGAUUGCCAUGAUCAACCAUCAGACUCGUUGGGACGCGAAUACAGCCUACAUGGAGCUGAAUGACUAUGCGUCUGACCUGCUCGAGAACAUAGAGAGCCUACACAAGGCCCUACUGCUAGCAAAAUCCCGCUCCAAGGACGUCGCCGCCAUGACCCAGGGCAUCAUCUUCCUCGGCGCGCCGCAUAGGGGCACGAGCGCGGCGUUUGCAGCAUCCUGCCUGUCCUGCAUGGCCUUCUUCCGGGGUUCCUCUACCAAUCUGCUCGAGUUCAUGGCCGUCGACGGUCCGGGCAUCCUCGACCUCGAGUCCGAAUUCUACGACGCCUACGUGCUCCAGAACCACCCCGAGGACCGACCGCCCUACAUAUUUGACGUGCUAGAAAUGCGCCCCGAGAAAAUGGGCAAGCUGGCCAUCACAUCGAUUGUCAGGCCGAAGCACGGUUUGCUGCGUCACGGCCGGGUCGUCACGCUUGACACUGACCACCGUGGGCUCAACAAGUUCUACUCCAGCGACGACCCAAACUUCCAAAUCUUCUUGAGGGUCCUCCUCCAGGCAUUCAACCAUGCCUUGCAGUCGGUCCGAACUCCAGGAGUACAUCUCCCUACUCGUCCGCUCAGCCUCGAGCAACCAGCACCAAUCGUGCCUCAAGCAAACGACACCACCACCGCUAGUGUGGCCCCGGUCGCGACCGCCCCAGAUAUCCUGGAUUUCGCAUCAUACGGACUGCCCUGGGCCACGAGAAGUAGACUGAUCGCCGCAAUGAUCGGCGCGAUGCAGGAGCUGGUUGCGUCAUGGGUAGCCAAGGAUUGCAGCGGGAAUGGUUCCUACUUCACCUCCCGCGUCCCCAAGACGGCGGUCUACGCUGCCUUCAUAGGCGUGUCCGUCGGCCGGAUUCUGGGAUGGGUCGUGUACAACAUCUUUGGGGGCUAUCCAAGCCUUGGGAUGCGAAUAGUCCAGAUCAUUGUGAGCAAUUUGAUGAUCGUGCCCCUUCAGAACGCCGUUGACCUCGCCGCUAUGGCAAUCAUCGCCGGCGCCCAAAAAAAGCAGCAAGUGUUAGCGACGGUGCGAGAUGGAAUCUUGCCGCUUCUGGUGGUACAGUACAUUGCGACCCCCGGUGCCCUGCUAUUCGCCCACUGCAACCUGCAUUCGCUCUUGUGGGAUGCUUUCUUCAACGUGGGGCUGUUAUUUCUCCAGGUUUACGUGAACGCCUUCACCAAGAAGAAGCGGCACGCGGCUCUGCGGAUAGCACACGAAAGAGAGGAGGAGGAAGGGAGUUAG